GCGGAACAACAACUGCUGCUUUAUUUCUUCCCUGGAGAGGAAUACCGGUGGGUUUUUUCUACUUGAUAAUUUUAGAGUUCAAAUAAACACCAGUAAGUCAAGAUUGGAAAAUUUUGACAAGGAAGCUUUAACUUUUUGCCCCCCUCUGCAUACAGAAACACGUGCAUUCACACUCGCCUUGUUUAUGCAGGAGAGAUGAAGCCCUGUCUGGUUUUCUGUUACUACAAACACUUGGUCAUGGAGCCCUUUUUUUGCCAGGUGGUACCACCCCACCCACUCCAAUUCCCUUCUCUAAAUGGGAGGUUUUAUUCCCCCCACCCCCGGCUUCAAGUCCACACGGACACCUCACACUUCCCUUUUUAGAAAAAAUCUUACUUCUUUUCUACUUGUUUUUAUGUGGAAAAUCCCAGUAAAGGCUAACGAUGAAUGUUAUUCUGUCAUUCACAUGACCACUAGAAAUACCAAGUCAGUGAAGAAAUUAAUAUAAGUUUUACAUUAUGUUUAGCUGUUGUCCUGGAGAGAACAGUACAUGCUUCGGCUGAUAAUUUGACUUUGUUUUAAAAUUUUCAUUUCCUUUGGUGGAUAAGACUUUGGUGUAUAAGGUUUCUGGUUCAUAAGUACUUUGUUUUUUAAUGGUAUGAUCUAAUUUCUACAAGCUAAUUUUGGACUACAAGAAAAAGCCUGUUAAUUUCCAGCUCAGUUGGGGAGUUCGAAAGGAACAAUUCACCGAUUGCUAAAUGAAAAUGCAGAAAUGCAAGCAGGGAGAAUGUGCAAUGAUCUGUGAAACCCUGAGGAUCUUGCUCUGCUUCUGAGAGCUUGUAGAUAAUGGACCUGUGGGGAAGAGAUCAUGUUCUUGUGUAUUUUACUAUUGACUUCCCUUUUUGUACAAAGUUUUUAUACUGGUGAAAUUUCCAAGUUGCUUCGUACUUUGAAGAGUUUAAGAAUUCCUGACGACACUUUUCCUGAGAGAAGCCAUGCCCUACCACAGAGUCCUUCGCCUGGUCCUGCUAACGCUGUGUGGCAUCCUGCUCCCUGCUGUGCUGGCAGCAGAGUACCCACAGGGCCCGGUCCCCACGCUGUGGAACGAGCCACCCGAGCUGCCCUCCGGAGCCGGCCCCUUCGAUGCCGCCACCACCACAGCCCGGCUCUCAGACGCCACCGCCUUCCCCCCGUACACCUCCGAGCUGGAGCCCGAGGACACCACCCACCUGCACCGCCUCGACACCGGGGAUGGCUCACUGGGGCCCGGAGCUAUUGGUGCCAUUGUCAUCGCCUCCCUCCUGGGUACAUCUGUGCUUGUGGCCUUGGUUGUCAUCACGCUGAGAAAGUUCUCUGCCUCCUGAACUCAAUAAAAGAUGUUUCUGUAACAC